AUGCGACCAUCCUUAAAUCGCAGCGUACGUGUCGUUCUGCCAUUGGCUGGGAUGGUUUCCCCCAGGAAUGUGCUUAAAGCGUCGUUUUCCGCCCUUUUCAACGUUCGCCUCAAUUCUCCCGUCCCCCUCCGAUCCCCUCCGUCCCCCUCCGUCCGCCUCCGUCCGUCAGUGGACGUUCUCCGUCAGCUCGGCGCGCAGUCGGGCAGCGGGUUCGAUGGGUUCAAGUCGUGGACGGCCAGCGGCGCGCCCGCUAAGUGCUCCACGUACUAUGGCGUGGCGUGCGACGCCGAGGGCAAGAUCGUCGCCAUCUAUGUCCCGUCUGCCCGCCUCGUGGGGCCCAUCGACGCACUCUCCUCGCUCGACCAGCUGCAACGCCUCAAUGUGUGUGGCUGUUCUAUCAAGGGGCGCAUUCCGGCCUUCCUCGGCCAACUCACUUCCCUCACAUACCUGGGCAUUGGUGAUAACUCGUUUGAAGGUGCUGUGCCUUCCAGCCUUGGCAGCCUUGUCAAACUCAUCUUCCUCAACAUCGCUGGAACAGGGGAGGACGGCGUGGGAGGGGCCUUGCCGUCUAGCUUUGCCAAUCUGAAGAAACUCAAAGAGCUCUAUCUGGACAACAACCGCUUCAGCGGGCCGCUCCCGGACUUCAUUGGCUCUUUCACCCACCUGGAGCAGCUCAUGGUGAGCAAGAACCGCUGGGAGGGUGUCAUUCCCAAGACCUUCUCCAAACUCAAGAAGCUCAGACUCCUCGGGCUGAUGGAGACAGCACUGGAGGGCGAGAUUCCAACGUUCCUGGGAAAGCUGAGCCACCUCACAUACCUCUCUCUGUCCAGCACGCGGCUGCACGGGGAGGUACCUUCAGAACGCACUGUUCUACGGCUCCCCGGCCGGCCUCAACACCCUCCAGCAGCUCACCCUCAUGUACGCCGCUCACCUGCCGCCCACCUGCCGUCCACCUGCCGUCCAACUGGCGCCCACCUGCCGCCCACCUGCCCUCCCACCUGGCCACCCCUCUGCAUCCCACCCCUCUGCAUCCCACCCCUCUGCAUCCCACCCCUCUGCAUCCCACCUCUCUGCAUAACAUCUAUCCACCUCACCCUUUCCCUUUCCACGCUCCCCACUCCCCACUCCCCACUCCCCACUCCCCUCUGCCCACUCCCGUCCCACCCCACCAGCGACCUCUCUGGCAACUAUUUCUCAGGCCCCAUUCCGGCCUUCCUGCAGCAAGUACAGAAAGUCAACGCAGAAGACAACUAUUUCUCCGGCUCAGCCUCCUCCCUUUCCUGCUCCGACGACUUCUCCGGCUCAGCCUUCUCCCUGGGCGGCAACUGCCUCUCAUCCGUGCCGCCCAACUGCGGCGAGUCUGCCGCCCAGAAGAGCGCGGCCGAGUGCAACAAGUUCUGUGGGACGGCCACGGCCGCGGGGGCGUGCAGCGGCAAGGGCGUGUGCGUGAUGGGUGUGGAUGAGUCCCGUGGCACUAAGGAGUUUGUGCCCAUGUGCAGGUGCCAGGCGGGGUACUGGGCUUCCCACCAGAAGCAGCGGUGCUCCAAGAACAGCUCUUGA